AUGAACCUGAAACUCCUGGUCAACAUUGUCCGAAUCCAAAUAGAUGCCCUGGUAGCGAAUCACGCUGCUGAAAACGGUCGGCUUGCUGAGCUUGCCAAGAUCGAGGCUCCAUGUGUACGCGACAUCAUCCAACGUCAACUCUACGUUGGCACCUUGCCCGUUGGACUGGAAACGAUCAUUGGAACUCCUCACAGUAUCCUGAGGGGCCGUGCCCAAGAACUGUCGUCCAAACCAUCAAAGUCGGCGCGAACACUGGCUCUCACCAACUCUGCAGAGGACCAUUGUUGGGACAGUGAUACUAUCGGUUCUUCUACUUGCCUGGUCUACACAAUUCUUCCAGUUUGGCGCUCCACACAUGAGCCCUUGGUCAUUCAAAGCCAGCCCGUCCUUGCUGCUGCGAAAAAUCAUGAUCGUGCAAACGAGUGCGAUUCCAGUUGCAAGGAGCGAACCAAGCGUUACAAUAGACAAAUGCACGCCUUUCUUUAG